AAGCAAGCAAUUAGUGAAGAAGCAUAAAGGGCGAUUAUGGAGAGUCUCAAGUUCGCAUCUUUGACACUCUCACCUUCUUCUCGACGCACUGAGCGUUGACUUUUGACUCUUUUAGAGGUGGAAGAAGCUGUUUUAGCAUUUCUUGGGGGAUGCUAGGGAAGCAGUUGAAUUCCCCUAUACUCACUAUUGAUUCUGUAACACAGUUUUGGUAUUGCAAGGCUGAUCUUGCUGCUUCAUCAUCGAGUAUUCAUCUGUCAAAUAACAGAUUUUCUUGUAGAUUUUCACCAAGUGUGGCAACUGCAACAUGGACCUCAAAUCCUUCUAUCAAACAUUGGAUAUUACAUUCAGCCGUACAGAUAGAAAAUAUACUCACAAGUAAUGAAGAUCAGAGUAAGUGGGAAACAUGCAAGCAAGCUCUUUCUCCAUUUAACUUUAGUGAUGAAGAAAAGGAUAAGAUACUUGGAAAAGCAUUUGGUAUUGUUCAUUCACCUUAUUGGGGAGAAGAACGUGCAAAGGAAGUUCCGAAAUUCGAGACAGUAAAUGGAAUAUUAGACUAUCUGAAGAGUUUAAAUCUUUCUGAGGAUGAUCUGUCCAAGUUGCUCAAAAAGUUUCCAGAAGUUCUUGGAUGUAACUUAGAGGAAGAGUUGAAAGCUAAUGUAAAGAUCCUGAAGGAACAAUGGAGCAUUGAAGGAAAAUCUCUUAGGAACCUUCUCCUUAGAAAUCCAAAAGUUUUGGGCUAUAAUGUUGAUUGUAAAGGAGACUGUAUGGCACAAUGCACUAGAUGCUGGGUUCGCUUCUAGGUGAUUUGAUGAGAAUGUAUCUUUUGUAAAAUUUGUUAACUACAGCAUCAUUUCUCUGUUCAUUCAUAUAUGUGAAGAAAGGUUCUCACUUUUUUGGAUGCCAAGGGGCAUGAAUUGAUUCAUUCUUAAGAUGAAGAGGUCGACUUUGCAAUUAUGCUUAUGAUUUAGAUACUACUAGGAAUUGCUGAAGGGUGUUCAGAUCACGGCAUGGAGUAACUCAAGAGUGAGGUUGUUUAUAAACAUGUUCUUUUGUUGGAAGAAGUAUUAUUGUUCAUGAUCUAUUAUAUAGUUAUAUUUGCUCCUAAAUUGAUACAGUUACAGCUCUAAUCCAAUCACCCCUUUAUAGAUUGAUGGAAAGUGAUAGAAUGGAAAGAAAUAGGAAAGAGUAAAAUAAAAAUGAUUACAGGUUCUUUAUAUGGAUUGUUUAAAAUAGAAUGUGUAAUUCUAUUCUAUACAGAACUUCCUUUUUCUAUUCCUAUUCAUAAAAAUUAUCUAAAUAAUGGAUGAUAAGCUUUAU